ACUUAAGUGGAUAGACGUAUGAACAGCAAAAGAGCAAACUAUCUCAAACGCUCUCAAACUCCUCAGAAAUCUUUAUUAGACAGCUAAGCUGUCUCCAGGGCUUUUUUGAUACUACAGUCAGAAAGAUCAGAGAGAACCCACACUCUCUCUCACACACAAGUGAGUAGAGAUUUACCAGGGCAGAUAUGGCUUCCUCCAGCAGUCUCCUGUCUGAAGAGCAGUUUCUGUGCUCUAUCUGUCUGGAUGUGUUCACUGAGCCAGUCUCCACUUCGUGUGGACACAACUUCUGCUUGGCCUGUAUAACAAAGUACUGGGAUAGCAGCGACCUGUGUCAAUGUCCACUGUGUCAGAAGAAAUUCUCCAGGAAAACUAAGCUUCGUGUCAACACAACCUUCAGAGAGAUUAUAGAGAAUUAUAAAUUGUUAAGAGACACAGGUAAAGAUGAGUCCCCUGCCAAACCUGGAAAAGUGCACUGUGACGUCUGCACUGGGACGAAGCGCAAGGCCCUGAAGUCAUGCCAGGUGUGUCUGGCAUCUUACUGUAAGACUCACCUGGAGCCUCAUCAAAUAUCCCCAGCAUUCAAGAGACACAAGCUGAUCGACCCUGUGGAGAACCUGGAAGACAGGAUCUGUAAGAAGCACGACAGACUCCUGGAGCUGUUCUGUAGGACUGACCAGACGUGUGUGUGUCAGUUCUGCACUGAAACAGACCACAAGACUCAUGACACUGUUCCUAUAGAGGACGAGUGUGGAGAGAGGAAGGCUCAGCUGGGGAAAACUGAGGCAGAAGUGCAGAGGAUUAUCCAGGAGCUACUGCAGAAAGUUAAAGAGAUUAAACUCUCAGUACAUCUCAGCAAAAGAGAUGCAAAGAGGGAGAUAGCAGACAGCAUAAAGGUCUUAACUGCUCUGGUACGAUCCAUUGAGAAAGGCCAAGCUCGGCUCAUUGAGGAGGUUGAGGAGAAGCAGAAAGCAGUAGAGAGGCAGGCUGAAGGGCUCAUUAAAGAACUAGAGCAGGAAAUCACUGAGCUCAAGAGGAGAAGCACUGAGCUGAAGCAGCUCUCACACACUGAUGACCACCUCCAACUUCUCCAGAGCUUCACAUCCGUGGUGUGCACCCCUCCACCCACCAAGGACUGGUCUGAGAUCAGUGUUCACAGGGCUGUGAGGAGAGCUGUGUCUCAGCUGGAGGAGACAUUGAAUAAAGAGAUGGAGAAGCUGCCUGAGGUCAAACUGAAGAGGAUUCAGCAGUAUGCAGUGGAUGUGACUCUGGACCCUGAUACAGCAAAUCUCUUUCUCAUCCUGUCUGACAAUGGGAAACAAGUGAGAACUGGAGACACGGAACUGAAUCUUCCGGACAAUCCAAAAAGGUUUGAUCGUUUUACUGUUCUCCUUGGAAAGGAUGGCUUCUCCUCAGGGAGAUUUUACUAUGAGGUGACGGUUAACGGUAAGACUAGGUGGGAUUUAGGAGUUGCCAGAGAGUCCACUGACAGGAAGGGGGAUAUCACACUGAGCCCUGAACAUGGAGUUUGGACUAUGAUGCUAAGGGAUGGGAAUGAGUACACAGCCUGUGCCUCACCGCAAGUCCGUCUCUCCCUGAGCGAGAAGCCCCAGAAGGUGGGGGUGUUUGUGGAUUAUGAGGAGGGUGUGGUCUCUUUUUAUAAUGUGGAGGCCAGGUCUCAUAUCUACUCUUUCACUUGCUGCAUCUUUACAGAGAAAAUCUACCCAUUCUUCAGUCCCUGUAGUGAUGAUAGUGGUAAAAACGCAGCCCCUCUCGUCAUCUCUCCUGUCAAUCACAAAUACUGAUUAAACAAAGGACUUAAUCUUUCUUUAAAGCUGCAAUAUGUAACUUUUUGGGCGACCCGACCAAAUUCACAUAGAAAUGUGAGUUAUAGAUCUGUCAUUCUCAUUCAAAGCAAGUAUAAAAAGUGGUAGAUCUGUUGUAUGUGCAUUAUUUCUAUGCUUCCCGUUAUUACAUUUCAUUUUGGCAUCUUUUACUUUCAGGUUUUGUACACCACCUUCAAACAGCUGAAAAUACAAUAUUUUGGGAUGUGGAAAAGAUAUUUCACAGCGGUUUAGAUGGUACACUGAUUCUCAACACUAUACUUGCUUUUUUUGGGUCAAAAACUGAAAUUAGGCGAACUAUUAGAAUUUUAGCAACCAGGAAACGGCAGAGUGAUUUCUUUAUUGUGCAUCUUUAAGCUGGUUGUUGAUACUGUAUACGUGAAUGUGAUAAAGGACUUACUUUUCCUUUGAUCUGGUUGUGGAUGUAGGUUAUUGUGAAAAAGGACUUUAAACUGGUUGUUGAUACUGGAUAAGUGAAUGUGGUAAAGGACAUACUCAGCCUUUAAGCUGGUUGUUGAUACUGUAUAAGUGAAUGUGGUAAAGGACAUACUCAGCCUUUAAGCUCGUUGUUGAUACUGUAUAAGUGAAUGUGGUAAAGGACAUACUCAGCCUUUAAGCUCGUUGUUGAUACUGUAUAAGUGAAUGUGGUAAAGGACAUACUCAGCCUUUAAGCUGGUUGUUGAUACUGUAUAAGUGAAUGUGGUAAAGGACAUACUCAGCCUUUAAGCUCGUUGUUGAUACUGUAUAAGUGAAUGUGGUAAAGGACAUACUCAGCCUUUGAGCUGGUUCCACAGUACUGCACUUCGAAAAAGGGCAUACUUUUCCUUGGAGCUGGCUGUGGAUCUAAGACAGUGCGUGAUAAGGGAAAUAAUGUGCCUAUAAGCUGGUUGUUGGUUUAGGAAAGUGACUGAAAAGUGACUGAACAUGAUACAAUACAUACUUUUCUUUUGAGCUGAUGGUACAGUGCCUUCAGAAAGUACUCAUACCCCUUGACUUAUUCCAGAUGUUGUUGUGUUACAGCACGAACUCAAAAUAUAUAUUUUUACACACAGUACCUGAUAAAAACAUAGUAAACAUUUUUUAAUAUAUGUGUCACGUUCUGACCUUAGUUCUUUUGUUAUGUCUUUGUUUUAGUAUGGUCAGGGCGUGAGUUGGGUGGGUU